CGCGCUGAUCCCGGUGAUGCUGCCGAGCGCUCCAGCGCUACACAUGCUUCGGAGUCCCUCACGCCUGGUCCCGGUAGGAUAAUGACUCGCUUUGCGCUCUGAAACAACGAGGGGCGAAUCAAGAUGAAGAUGAGAAUGUGUCAGGGGGUUUGUGGCAUCAUCAUCGUUACCAUGGUUACAGGAUUGAUGGUUGUGUACAGCAGCUCUGGUGGGAGAUCACCUUCAUCUGCAUCUACAUCACUGUAUUCCCGCCAUGUAGAUGCUCCGGCCCCAGCCACAAAGAGACCGCACAGUGUGCAGGCAUCCACUCUGGGGGGGUUUGCAGGCAUCCCGGACCUUAAGCCUCUGAAGAUGCAUUGCAGGACGUGCGCCCUUGUGACCAGCUCCGGCCACCUGACUGGUAGCAACAGGGGCAAGGAUAUCGAUCGCUCACACUGUGUCAUUCGAAUGAACGAUGCUCCCUGUGCAGGUUAUCACCUGGACGUCGGCCGACGCACAAGUCUGCGCGUUGUGGCUCACUCCAGCCUGCAAAGAGUGCUCCGAAGCAGACAGGAGCUGCUCAACGGGAGUCAGGACACAGUGUUCAUCUUCUGGGGACCAAGCAGCUGUAUGAGACGAGAUGGUAGAGGCCACGUUUACAACAACCUCAGACUGUUAAAACAGCUACUGCCCAAACUUAAAGUGUACACGAUUUCCCGGGCCAAGAUGCUGAAUUUUGAUGAGUUAUUCAAGAAGGAAACAGGAAUUGAUAGAAAGAGCUCCAACUCCUGGCUGAGCACCGGCUGGUUCACCAUGGCUAUAGCCCUGGAGCUGUGUGACAGGAUCAAUGUGUUUGGUAUGGUGCCCCCUGAUUUCUGCAGAUCCUCCUCACAUCCCAUGGUGCCGUAUCAUUACUAUGAGCCCUCAGGGCCAGAUGAGUGCUCCAUGUACCUUCUUCACGAGAGAAGUCAAAGAGGAAGCCACCACCGUUUCAUUACCGAGAAGACUGUGUUUUCAAACUGGGCUCGAACUCUGAACAUUCACUUCUACCAACCGGACUGGAAGCCCACUCCCGUCAUCAAAAAUGUGAACAGCUCAUUCACUCUAGGUCUGGCAGGAUCCUGAAACUUUCUCCACAGACAAUCCCUGCAGGAGAAGGGACAGUUUCCAGAGUGACAAUUUGCUCUUAGAACAUUGUUAAACCAGAGCCAGCCCAAGAUUGCAAAAUAGCAAAAAGUAUCAUUACCACCACACACUACAUCACUAGCCUUUGUAUUUGUGGAAAAAAAUACUUUGGAUAAAUUACCUGUGAUCUGUAAAUUGCUGAGAUAGGGACAUUUGUAUUAAUCUGUAUUAAUUCCUGUUUUGCUCACAAGCACAUAUCAAAAAUUAGCAAUUUCUUGAGAAAUUGUGCAUGAAAUGUGAGACCCAGCUCAGACACAGGUGCCACAGUAGCAAAAAAUAUCUUACUUCAAUAACAUAAUUAUCAAAUCAUUACUAUCAAAUAUUGCUUUUAUAAAUUUAAAUGUUAUAUACAGUGUUAAACUAUCUGUCCUCUUUGAAGAUCAUCAAAAAAGAGCCUGAGAUUAAAUUAUUUUAAGGAUCCCCAUGACUUUUGGUUUAUUAUUCUGUGGACUGACGAGACAAAAGUGGAACAUUUUGGGUACCUCUAGUUUUAAUUUCAGACUGUAAAGCAUAGCCUUAUGAACAUUUGAGAAUUAUAAAGCAGUAUGACAGACCUCCCUGUGAUGCUAGGGUAAGUUGUAGUAGUCAGUAGGGUCAGUAGUAGUAGUUGAGCCCCAAAGUCUGCAUAUCCCUGUGAGCUUUAUAUUUUAAAUUGCUUUCAUUCAAACAUAAAGUUUGUUACUGAAAGGAAAUGAGACAGGCAUCUGUCAAAUACAAAAAUGUAAAAAGAGUACAAAUACAAAAAAAUAAAAUAAAGUUCUUGUUUACAAUUGCCAUCACCCUAAUCUUUAGUUCCCUCCACAAAAUCUGUCAAAUUUGAACGAGACUCUGGCUUUGCAAGUCCAAAAGCUUAAUUUUACUUCCAUUCCGGAAAACAUUUUGGUAAAUUAAAAGAAUAUAAAAUUAAAUUGCCAGUGAUAUGAAUAAUUUUGGUCCUCACUAUACAGUCUGCUAUGAACCAGAAAAAGGCGGACCCAAGAUUCAGCCAGACACAGUACUGAAAGUUUAAAAGGUUUAUUCAGCCACAGGAAAUCGUCACACAGGUAACACUCCGCACAGCUUCCAGGAAUCACUGAGGCAGA